AUGCUCUCUGAGGCCUUUAUCCCCGUUGUGAAUAAUUCUGCGGAACUUGGUUUGGUUUUGCUUCUGGUGUUUACAUUUUUGUGGAUCCAGAUGGCAAUCGGCUUUGCGGCUAGCGUGCUUAAAGACCCAGGCCCUGUUCCACCCUGGAUGCAGCUUGAGACCAUUGAGGCUUUUGUCGAGCAGGAAGUGCAGAGCAUACUAGACCAGCGCAUCGACGAUCCACACGCACAGGGUGGCUCUCAGAAGCCGCAAAAUUCGGUGAUCCGUGUUGUGGGCACAUCUACUCUUCCUGUUCAAAAGAAGUUGUCCAUCGCCAAUUCUUCCGCGCCUGAGGGAGAGCGGACCGAGGUGGGCAACAACGUUGGGGAAGCAGUCGAUCACGCGGUUAGGGCUAAUUCAAUGAUGUUCACUGCACAGACGCAACGCAUGCAGCAGGAUAACCGUCAUGGUGCGGGGUUUACUCGCAUGGCAGGCCUUAGCACAAAUGACAAUGAUAGGAGUGGUGGGAGCGGCGGUGGUUUUGACUUGUUUGCUGAGGACGAUCAGCUGUUAGAAGAUCAGAGGAGUGGCACUGUGACGUCGAAGUAUGAACAUUCCACGCACCGCCGCCGUCGGAGGCUUCAACAUGAUCUGCGUGUGUUGACAUUUUCGCGGGUUGCCCGCAACGCCUUGGAUGCACUGCGUAGUGACCCUGAGAUGAAAGCGCGAGAAAUGAGCCUCUUACUCAACUAUUCCUUCCCGUGCAAGAUUUGCUCCGUGUACCAGAUCAUGGGCACGCAACACUGCGAUAGUUGCAAACGCUGUAUUAGCCACAAAGAUAUUCACUUUAGAUGGAUUGGGCAGUGCGUGGGCUCGGGUAACCAUAAAUACUUUGUGCUUUUUCUACUUUAUUUAGCUCUGCUGUUGAUGGUGACAUGCGUUAUCACCUUCUAUGCUGUGGGCAAAGGUUACACGAGCUUUGUAGUUGACGAUGAGCUGCAGGUUCUUUUUCUGUUCUGUACGCUUUUUGCCGCCACGUACGCCACUGCCAUCCCGAUUUUCCUUCGAGCGCACCUGCAUGCUGUUGGGUGCGGUGAUAGCACGCUGAGCCGGAUUCGCCGUGCGAACCGUGAGAGCGUGGAGCGCUUCGCGCGCCGGAUCACUCCGAAUGGGCACUACCGCCCGCUGUUUGAGGACGAACCGGAGACCCCUCCAGGCGCGUUUACCUGGGAUCGCCUCCGAACCGCGGUCUUUGGGAUCGGCCCGUGGUGGGAAUGGUUUCUGCCGAGCCUCUCCCCGAAACAGGCGUCGGAGGAGGAGCGGGAGAGCCUCUUUUGGGUGGCGCUCGGCGAAACGGUGGAGCAGCAGCUGCGCUCCGUCGCGGAGGCCUUUCGGCAUCGGAACGCUGGUAAUGGCAAGGAGGAAAUUUCGAUUGUUGGUGCCCCGCCGGGGCUGCACGACGAGUCGGUAGUUCCAGCCGAAAUGGAUUCCACUCAUGUAGCGACUGCUGGGGAUCCUCCGGAGACGCCGAAAAUGAAGGAAGCAGUUGUUGAUGUCGGGAGCACGAUGGCUACGGAUGGAGUCAGUGCUGAUAGUGGUCGUCGGGUUCCUUUUUUCCGAAAGGCUUUUCCUACUCUUUCUCAAUUUUCUGGCAGUAAUGCACGAGAUGCUAUUGUUCAGCCUUCGCCGCCACUAGACUCGGUGAAUUCGAUCUGCUCGGACGCCGUGUGUACGGAUAAACCGCCACCAAGGACCGAUUCUGUUUCUCUGCAAUCCGCCAUCGUCGAUUCUGAGCGAAACCGAAACACUAAUGGUGCAUAG